UUCGCCAUGUUCCGGUCCCGAAGUUGAACUUGACCAUGGUUGACGAUAAAAAGGCAGGAGCUCCCAAGAAGGGAGCCAAGAAAGUCAUCAAAAAGACGCCGCCCAAGAGCGGCAAGAAGAGGAAGAAGGCCAGGAAGGAGAGUUACUCCAUCUACAUCUACAAGGUGAUGAAGCAGGUCCACCCGGACACCGGCAUCUCCUCCCGGGCCAUGAGCAUCAUGAACUCGUUCGUCAACGACAUCUUCGAGCGCAUCGCGGGCGAGGCUUCCCGCCUGGCCCACUACAACAAGCGGCAGACCAUCAGCUCCCGGGAGAUCCAGACCGCCGUGCGCCUGCUGCUGCCCGGGGAGCUGGCCAAGCACGCCGUGUCGGAGGGCACCAAGGCGGUGACAAAGUACACCAGUUCCAAGUAGAGACCUACAAAGCCAUGAAAGAAAGAACUAAUCAGAAACCGACCCAAAACUCAAACGGCUCUUAUAAGAGCCACCCACGUUUUCUCUACCAGAGCUACAACUUUGACAUAGGGUCGGUUCGC